AGAAAUUUCUCUCAGAAUGGCUGUUAUCUAGCUAUAAAAGUUAGUGAUUAUGCAGUACAAGGAGCAGUGUAGUCAACCUUUCGUAUGACAAUGAAACAUUUGAACCUGUUAAUAACCAUCAUAUGCUGCUUCGGUGCUCAGGCGCAAUCAGAUCCAAUCCCACGUAUCAUCAAUGGACACGCUUCUCCAAAUGUGGGAUAUAACGCAUACAUCCUUUACUUGACAGCGGAAUACACAGGAUCCUUCGGAGGUGGCACAAUCAUUUCCAAACACCACAUCUUGACUUCUGCCAAGAACAUUGUUGGAUUCGUCCAAUGGGAAGUUGGAGUCGGCAGCAGCAUCUUCGACGAGCUAACACUCAUCAAGUCAACAAAUGCUACUUCCCAUCCUUUAUUUGACUACUUCACUUCCGUCAACGACAUCGGUAUCAUCAUCUUGCCUCAGCCUCUAGUGUUCACCUUCAAUGUCUACCCGGUGGCACUUCCGGAUUUGGACGCUCAACAGACGAAUCUUCUUCCUUUUGAAAAUGAAGAAGGCACAAUCGUGGGCUUUGGAUACACUACUGGCAUCUCAACGGGCCACUCGGACAUGCUGAUGCGCUCCUUCCAUCGAGUGACUUCGGACUCAGUUUGCGAACUGCUUUACCAGAACAUGCUUCCACAGCACUUCUGUGCCGAAGAUAACGUGAGGAACUCCAACAUAUGCGUUGGGGAUGUUGGGGUAGGUUUUGUCACUUACGUUCGCGGACGCCCGACCGUUACCGGAAUUGCUUCCUAUAUCAGGGAGGUUUGUGGGAACACAAGUCCAACGGGUUAUACCCGUGUCCAGUACUACCGCGAGUGGAUCACGAGUGUGACACAGUUGUGAUCAAGUGUAAAUAAAAUUGCAUUGCAUUUAAAUAUUA